AUGGCGAAAUCUCCACCAGCUUCCUCCCCCAAACAACAACCCCCAAAGCUCCCCCGCCUCUCAAAAAACCAAAAAAUCCAAAAGCGCCCUCUUCUACACCCUGCCAUCCCGUCCCCACACGCCUCCUCCAACGCCCCCAAAACCAUCUACGUAUCCGCCUCGUCGCCGUUCCUCUCGGUCGUGAAACGCGUCAAGAAAUACCUCGCAGCGAUUGAAACGCGGGCCGCGGGACCGAUAGACCUACGGCACCCGUCGAGGAAUGUGGUGCAGCAGGUAAGAGACGGGGUGAGGAGCGCGGCGAGGCACGAGGAGAUCUUGUUGAAGGGGACGGGGAGAGCGGUGGAGAAGGUCUUGAGGCUGGCGGUUUGGUUUCAGGGGGAGGAGGGCAGGGAUGAGGGAGUGAAUGUGGUGGUUAGGACGAGCAGCGUGGGUGCGGUUGAUGAUGUGGUUGUGAAGAAAGGGGAGGAGGAGGAGGAGGUUGAGGAAGAUGAGACUAGAAUCAGGAGAGUGAGUUGUCUGGAGGUGGGCAUUAGUUUGAGGUGA